AUGAUAGACCUUUUUCUCGCUUACACUAUUUUCCCAACCGUAUCCUUGGGGGUAUUUGUUGUCUAUCGUGCUACUCAGUCUUUAGGUAAGUUGCUUGGUGGACGCAAAGAAGAAAAAGAACCCGAAAUCGACAAAAGGAAUCCCAAUUGUUUUGCGGCACUGUAUAAAGAACACGAACAGGGGCAGUUCAAUUCUGUUCAAGAAGACUUUGAAGAUGCUCCCCAUCUUACAAUUGCCGGAGAGAAUCCCAUAGAUGUAAAUGAUAUCCAAAGUUCUUCUUCGGACUACCAUGAUACGACAACCCCAUCUGAAUCAGACAAACAGACAAACUCUACAGACGCUCACAUGAUAGACGUAACAUCCCCCGUAGAUACGGAAUGCGUUCAUAAGGCCUAUGCUGAGAUUGUAGAGGCGCAAAAGUAUCUUGAACAAUUGAUGGUUCGAUUCGCUCAUAUCAUUCCUCACAUGGAGAGUCAACCUCAAGCGGCGAAUCCCCCUCCACUCAUGGUUGCUCCUCCUGCAACCAAUCAACCCACAUCUCAUCAAAACGAACAAGAAGCCGAUACGUUUUUACAGGAAAACCACCCUGAAGAAGUGGACAAUGUGACUUUACCUCAAUUAGUGUAUAACCAUCCCUCUGUUUGUUAUUACAAGAUCAAUCGACAGCUUCAGGAGGAUAGAAUAGCCGAGAUUGACGGUGAAGUGGAUACUGGAGAUAAUCAAAACCCAUUUUAUACACCCAUUUAUCUGGACCGUAAGACGAGCGAUGGAGAAGAGGAGGAGGAGGAAAAAAGAAAAUGGCUCACACUUCCAAGUUAUGCACAACAUCUCUCCAUCUUGGGCUUUGAUUCAAGGAUAUUUCGAUUGCCUUUACCUGAGAAAGAGUUUAAAGCGGAAAUGGCAAUUGCAACGUAUUUUGCCAAUAAGGAAAAUACACAGGCCAAAUUAACGCGUCCAUGGACUACGGAGGGAGAACCCCAUUUUUCACGCUAUAUCGAUAUCUCACCUCAGGAUCUCCAUUGCUUUCAUCUCUAUCAUUUGGCGCUUUUGAGAAUGGUAUCUGAUAGUUAUGCCAAAGGAGAGAUGCGAGAUUAUAUUACUUUAUUUGACAAAAAGUUGGGAAGCGGUAUGAAUGGGCAAGUUUUGUUGGGAGAGUUCAAGGAUGAAAGCAUUUAUGCGGACCAUGUUGCUGUCAAGAGUCUAUCUUCUUACCAACCGCACAGUAUUUUUGACGCGUACUUGAUAGUCCAAGAAGCGUACGUGAUGACGCGACAUCCUCAUCAGAAUAUCAUCCGAGGUAUUAAGGUCUUUUGUAGUCAAUUGGGACAACCGACCAUUGCCAUGGAAUUAAUGGACUGCUCCUUGUUUGAAUUUAUUAAUCUGCAUUAUGUUCUACGUGGUGUACCUAAAAAAAUUCCCGUAGACAUUGUGGUCUACAUCUUUCAUAACAAAAAAAUUGUACAGAUUGUAAAUGGUCUGGGACAUCUUCUUGAUAUAUUUGGUCUGUUCCAUGGUGAUAUCAAGCCCGAGAAUAUCUUGAUGCAUGAGAAUGGAUCGAUCAAGAUUUCUGACUUUGGUCUGUGUAAGCGUGCUGGUAGAAGACAUCCAGGUGGUACUGGUACCACGAUGUAUAUGGCACCUGAAGUUGCAUCCAAGAUCGUCAAUUGUUACGAAAAGUCCGAUAUAUGGUCCUUGGGAAUUCUCUUACUCUUCUUACUGGAUAUUACGCCCCCUUAUUAUCACCAAUUUACCUUUUCCACUAAAACAGAAAAAAAGCGAUAUUUGGCAGAAGGCACCUUUAAUUAUGAGCCAACAAGAGAGAUUCAUGCCAAAUUUCAAAGUCUGAUAGCACGUAUGUUUAUUCUUGAUCCAGCUCAACGUAUUGGUCUUUCUGAAUUGAAAAGUGAUCUGGAAGUACUUAUUCGAGCCAAGACAAUUCCUUGUUGUACUCAAGAUCAGUUUAGUGAUUAUUACCGUAUGCGCACCUCUGGAAGUGAAUAA